AUGGCAUUCGACACGCCCUUUGAGGGAUUGGUGUUUGGAGCAGAAUUCUUCAUGACUAGUGUUGAAAUGGGGUACCCUGAAGCCGAUCAGUACUGUAGAGAAAACAACGGCACGCUUAUCGCGUUUGACACUCAAGAAAAAUGGGACAACUUCCAACUGAACGACCUCUAUACGUCAGCUCUGAAGGAUGGAAACUUUUGGAUAGGACACAAAUACCAGCCAACGAUAUGUGCUUCCACAGGAUGUUUCCACAUCUCAGACGUAGACUGGUGGUGUACGUCCUUCCCCGAAACGUGCGGGGAUGUUGACGAAUGCAUACACGUGCAUCAGAAAGAUGGCAAGGUGCACCGAAAGGGAUGUACAGAUUCCAAUCAAGUUGUAUGUGAGAGAGGAGUUGUGACAACAGAAAGCAAAACUACGACAACGACUACAACUGUACCUUCAACAACAACUUCAACCGCUGUUACAACAUCGGCUACACCUGACCUGACGUCAUCGACUUCAACAGAGACCACGCCUACUACAUCUUCAGUUUUAUUAGGAACAUCAACAACAGAGAGUUCAACUCUCGCCACGCCCACCACAACAGUGAACAGCAUGACACAGGAGGAGUUACUGGAUACAAUACAGAGACUUAGAUCUCAGCUCAUCGUAAGGAAAAACAGUACGUCACUUUACAAACGUCAGUUCAUAAGUGUGUACGAAUCCCGUGUUAGUAGUGUGGUCUUGGGAAGUUCAGCCAUCAUUUUCCUGGUGUUGGCCAUCAGUGUGAUCAUCAUCCCAGAUGUAAUCAACAUGAUCAAAUUUAUGGUAAAAAAGAAAAAAGUGAGUGAUGCUGAAUGUAAGAAGUGUGCUCCAUACCAAUGA